CCUUUUACACUGUGUUUGCCUCUCAACAGCAUAUCACAUUCUCCACCUCUCUCUCUCUCUCUCUCUCUCUCUCUUCCUGUAUCUUUAACCCGGUACCAAAACCCUUCUUCACAAACUUACCAACGACACCACGUCCUUGUAUUCGGCAUUUCCGAUCUCAAUUCACUAACCCUAGGGUAUUUUGGGGUCUUCUUGAUUCCAAUGGCGGAGGAGGAGGUUGUCCCACUGACAGCUAGCCCCGUCCCUUCAGAUCACAAGCGUAAGCUCGAAGAUUUAGAGCCUGAAGCUCCAGAGCCAGUCGAGUCCAACCCGGAACAGCCGGCUGACUCUAGCGCUGAGCCUGAUGCAGAUAAGAAGGCGGAUGAUGCGGCGGUGGAGGAUGGUGGAUCGCCGGACACUAAGCGUCCACGGCUAGAUGAGAAUAAACCUGAUGGAUUAGCUAGUGAAAAUGGUUUUGAAGGAGAGAAGUCAGAGCAACGCGCAAAGGAGGAGGCUGAAGAGCCAAUCAUUAAGAAUGAGGAAACAGAUGAUGCUUCUCCUCCUCAACCUGAGGGUGUUACUGAUACAAUAGUUAACGACGAAGCCACUGGACAUGAGCAUGAAACAGUUGAUACUCGAGAGACUUCUUUUGAGGAUUCCAAGCCAGAUGAUGAUGAGAAAAAAGAGGAAAAUCUCUCCCUGGAGGCAGAGGAGACAGCAUCCGAGACUCAAACCACCUCACGCAAAAUGGAUGUUCCCAAUGAUAAGGUUGGGGUUCUUAUUGGGAAGGGUGGGGAUACCAUACGUUACCUGCAGUAUAAUUCUGGGGCAAAAAUUCAAAUCACAAGGGAUGCAGAUGCAGAUCCACAUUCCACAACAAGGCCAGUGGAAAUAAUAGGGACCUUAAGUAAUAUAAGCAAGGCUGAGAAGCUCAUUAGUGCUGUCAUAGCAGAGGCUGAUGCUGGUGGUUCCCCUUCUCUUGUAGCUAGGGGACUUCCUAGUGCGCAGACUGCUGUAGUGGCAGAUCAACUUGAGAUGCAAGUUCCAAAUGAAAAGGUUGGUCUGAUCAUAGGCAGAGGUGGAGACACCAUUAAAGCUCUCCAAGCCAAAUCAGGGGCUCGGAUUCAGGUAUUGAUACCUCAACACCUUCCAGAAGGUGACGGAUCUAAAGAAAGGACAGUGAGAGUGACUGGUGAUAGAAAGCAAAUUGAGAUGGCAAGAGAAAUGAUAAAGGAUGUUAUGAAUCAGAAUGUGAGGCCAUCACAUUACUCUGGUGCUUACAACCAGCAGCAAUCGUAUAGACCUCGUGGACCUCCUGGUCCAUCUCACUGGGGUCCUCGAGGUCCCCAUUCAUCACAGCAAAGCCCUUAUGAUUAUCAUCACCGAGGACCAUAUCCAUCUCAAAAUUCACAAUAUCCACCUCCAAGUUAUGGUGGCUAUCCUCCACAACAAAUGGCUCCAAGAGGUAACUAUGGUUCUGGCUGGGAACAAAGACAUCCUCCCAGUAUGCAGGGGCCAGGGCCACAUGGUGGUGGUUAUGAUUACUAUGGAGGUCAGGCAGGCCAUGCAUCUGACCACACAGCAUCUGGCCCUAUGUCAGGGCAUGGUCCUGGCCCUUCCCCUACCCCUGCUAUGUCACAUCCACCAUCGCAGCCAAAUUAUAAUUAUGGGCAGUCACAUGGCCUAGAUUAUGGGCAUCAAGCUCCUUAUUCUCAGGGUGUACCUCCGCAGAGCUAUGGGCAUGUAUAUGAUGAACCAAAAUAUGACAAUCAUGGUCAGACUCAGCAUCCUUAUGGACAUGGAAGUUCGCAACAAGUAUACCCACAAUCCAGCAAUCAACCAGGCUAUGGGGCUCAACAGCAGUAUGGAAAGCAACCAUCAUACGGCAUGCCAUCGCAGGGACCACCUCCCCAAUCAUAUGGCCCUCCUAGGCCUAGUCAACCUGGUGAUAUGCCUUACCAAGGUCCCAUUCAAUCCGGUCAAUCAUAUGGUCCAAAUGUGCCACCUCAACAGCAGUACCCAUAUGCAUCAAGUGGGCCCGUGCAGCAAUCAUAUACUCAGUAUGGAUCUACAUCGGCUGCUGAUGGGUACAAUCAAGCAAUGCCUGCUUCUGGCCCUGGCUAUACUCAGCAAGUUGGCCAGCCAGUUCCGUCGUAUGGUCAGCCUAGUGGACAGCAGGCAACAGGCUAUGUGCAGGGUCCCUCUGGUGGUUAUGGUUCAUACCCAUCGUCACAACAAGGUUAUCCAGAGCAGCCAGCUCAAAACAAUGCAGCUUAUGGGUAUCAAGGUUCUCAAGAUCCUGCUUAUGGCAGUGGCACUGCAUCAGCCUAUAGCGCACCGCAAAGUGGCCAACAAGCCUAUGCUCAGCCAGCACCAACUCAACCAAGUUAUGAUCAGUCAGUUCCACAGUCAGGUGCUUAUGCUGCUGCUCCAGGGAGUGCACCUGUUGGCUAUGGUAAAACUGUCUCUCCUCAGCCUACUUAUCCUCAAUAUGACUCGACCCAGAUGUAUGUUGCACCGAGAUGAGGAUUCUGUUGUAGCUUGAAAGUGAUUUUGUACUCUGAAUGUUAUUAAGCUUUUGCAGUUAGUAUUUGAGAUCUGUUAUCAUUUGGUAGUCUUAUUAGCCUUAGACGUUUGAUAUUCUUAGAUCUUUCUCUGACUAUUGAUGGAACAUCUUAGAUUUGCUGCUCAAUUUCUGUAUCCACAUGAUGCUAAUUCACAAAGUUCCUUGUGUUUUCUUA